UCAUAUAGAUUUCUAAUAAUUCUAAAUAUAGAAAAAUUGAAAAACCUUUAUAAUGGAAAUAGAUGUUAAUCAAAACUAUCAAAAUUAAAAAGCAAAAGAUUCAGAAUCAAUUAGAAAAAAUCAAUAUAGAUUUCAAGAAGAUUUAGCCUUUAAUUUAUUAAGUAAUGGAUUCUAUAAUAGAUUCACUGAGUGUAGUAGUUAAUAGAAGAAUUUAAAGAAGAAUUAGAAGAUUUAAACUUAAUUUUUUAAGUAUUUAUCAAUACAAAAUCAGAAAAUACAUGUUUUAGUUGAAGAUAAGAUUCCUUGUAGAACCCAAAAGUCUUUUCCCUUAUCAGAUUUAAAUUCUUUCUUUCAAUUCCAGAACCUUAAGAAACUAUAGACUAAGAUCUACAGACCAACAAACCAAGAGACAGAAAAUUAAAAGAUUCAAACUUGAGACAAAUUCUAGUGACACUUUAAGAUCCCAAAUAUAACUAAGAGAGACACAAUCCAGAAAGACAUAGAAGUUUUCUACCUUGUUCUUUUCCAGUUGAGCCAAAUAAUCAAUAUUUCUUGAGAACCAAAUGGUCUACCCUAUGAGACAAGACUUAAGAUUGAGAACAGCGGAAAACCGUAUUACUAGUUACCAGUGAGAAACGACUAUUUCAAGAGUCCCCAUGAUUCUCUUCUAAGAACUAAGUUUCUAAGAUUUCCAUUUGAGAAUGAUUCCACAAAUUCCUGUUCGACUAGAUGCCCAAGGUUCAUAAAUUCAGACUAAAGAUUAAUCUUUCUAAGAGCCCUUUUCUUAAUAAUUAUUAGACCAAUCACUAAGAUAAAAUAAUCUACUGUAGACCAGUCUAAGAUCCUACCUUUGAAUAUAUCUCUUGUUGACCCAAAUUUGUUGAGCCCCAAGAUUUUUCUAAUUUACUUAAUGCAAAGACAAUUUCCUUUUAAUUUAAUAGAGAGUCCUUAUAAUUUAAGAGCCUAUUCAAUAAGAUUUUUUCUUUUUAAUUACUAAUUUUGAUGCCUUAAUUAUAGAUCAAUAAGAAUCCUUUUU